UUCUUCAGUAUUGGCCCACGUGGAUGUUCGUUGAAUAUGGGAAAGCCGAUGGGUCUUGCUGGGCCUUGAAUCUGGCCAAGCCCAAUUUUUACCAGUCUUUCUUAGGUUUUUGUUCAUUAGAAGGCCCAAUCUUUCUGAAAUAAGUAGGUCUUACUCUGCGCUAGUCUGAUGGGCCAUGUUUCUUCUGCCUAUUAAAUUUAUGGGCUAAAUCAUUCUCGAAUGGAGUGGGCUUUACUACAGGAAAAUUUUAUGGGUGCUAAUUGGGCCUAUAAACAGAAAUUUGGGUGCUAAUUGGGCCUAUAAACAGAAAUUUGAACCAACAUAUAAUUAUGGGCCGCAACAUUGGACUUCUUUAAAUUCCAACGUCCAUAUGUGCCCCCCACCAACUGGACCUAUAGGGCACCUUUGGGUCCACCCAGUUUGGACCUCCCCAUAACUAAAUGGUCAUGAAGUCCCACUUGAGGCCCAAUGUAGAUUUUCGUAUCUCUCAUGAAUUUAGGCCCAUAGGUGAUGGUUGGGCUGAUGUUACGGAUUUGAAAACAUGGCUCAUUAUUAACUUGGAUGAUUGAGAGUUUGAUACGUGGUCUCCUUCUAAACCCACCAUCGGGACCGGACCCCUCGUCUCGAUCAGAUUUGCUCUCUGCAUUGACAGCGUGACAGCUUUGCGGGGGUGGUCUGUGCCGGAGAUGAUAUCAUGUGCCAUUCCAUUUUGCUGCUCCAGGUCUCCCCCGGCAGUCACAUUAACUCCAUUCGAACCGCUUCGAAUUUUCAGUUACAGAGCUCGUGUUUUGCUUUCUGGAGAAGGUCCAACAGGUGUCUCCUUUAACGCCGAUGGCCAGAAGAAACUACUACGUAAAUCGUCCCCUUUUGCAGUGAGUGCUGACAUUUAUAGCUCUCGACGGAAAUCUGUUUAUCUUAAAACUGCAGCCACAAGCGGCGGGGACGGCUCAGUGUCAGAGUUGAAUAAUAAUGUGAGGCGAUUACUGCGGGCUCUUCUGUGGUUUGCGGAGGGUGUCUACAUCUUUUGGCUUUUCUUUCUUCCCUACGCCCCUGGAGAUCCCGUAUGGGCCAUUAGUUCAGAAACAAUCAGCUCUCUUAUUGGUCUUUCUCUUAAUUUCUUUUUCAUUCUGCCGCUGUGCAACUCUGUUGGUGUUAAUCUAGUUACGGCACCAGUUCUCCAUCCGGUGUCUGAAGGCUUGUUCAACUUUGUGAUUGGGUGGACAGUAUUGUUUGGUCCUUUGCUAUACUCAGAUAAAUGGAGAGAUAAAUUCAAGGGAUCACUUGAUGUUCUAUGGGGCUGUCAGUUAUUCCUCACGAACACAUUCUUAAUUCCUUACAUGGCGAUCCGUUUGAACAAGAUGGCUAACGGUGAAUACACUCCAAGGAAAGACACUAUGCUUGGUUCCAUUAUGACAACAAGCGCAAAUGUUGUUGGGCUUGUUGGUGGUGGUGCUUGCUUGCUGUCGAUAUUAUGGGCACUUUAUGGGCGCGGAGAUUCUAAUUAUGGUGGAAUACCGGAAAGAUGGGAGUUUUUACUAAGUUAUAUAGGGACAGAAAGGCUUGCUUAUGCCUUCAUUUGGGAUAUUUGCCUCUACCUUAUUUUCCAGCCAUGGCUGAUCGGAGACAACCUUCAAAACAUUCAGUCAGAUAAAGUUGCAGUUGUUAAUGCUCUAAGAUUCUUCCCAGUAGUUGGCAUCGUUGCCUACUGUCUUUGCUUAAAUUCUGACAAUGAGAUGUAGUCAAUAUAUCCAUUUAAUAAUAUCUGCUGCUGUUAUAUGCCCUUUUAAUUUA